GUCUGUCCUUAACAUUGAAAACACGGCUCCGAUUGUGUUAACCAUUGAAGUCAUUAUUGGUUUCGUUGCGAUACUACUCGUAGUUAUUAUUUGUGAAGGAAAUCAUAACAAAGUUUUUUUGUUUCAAUAUUUUAUUUUUAUCCCGAAAAGUGUAAUAUUGAAACAAAAAACAUUAUGUCGUAUGUGUUAGUGUCAACCGAGGACUUCCAUAGGGGCCCCACCAGACUGUCCAGUAUUGACCCCUAUCUACACGAGAAGUUACCCCUCACUAUCAUCAAGGAUACCAUCUUUUAUCAGGGUGAGUCCCAAUACGACCCGCACGGACGGUACUGGAAGUUCCGGGUAGAGGACGCACCGGUGCGGGUGUUGAAUAAGUUGCUGGACAUCGGCUACCGGGUCAAGACUGGCAGCUGUCUGUCCAAUGGACGCAAUUAUGACAACCAUUCCGGACACGCCUGGACUCUAUACAAGAGGGACGUCAAGGAGUUAGGCAACAGCUUUUAGGCCAUUCCUAUAGCCAUUUAAACCAGGAACCCAUUACCGGGUCUAAUAUUUUUAAUCACUAAUGAUUUAAAUCUAAUUUUUGUAAAAUUUUAACUUUAAUAGUUACAUUACAUUAUACG